UCAUCCGCUCGGUUGGUCAUGGCGUUCCAAACUUGCGCGCUGGGGAAUUGACCUAGUCUCCAGUAUUUUACAUCUUCGCUGGGCCAGGGAUUGAUCCCGGUGCCCUAAAUUUCUCGCCGUCUCUUAUCUGAAGGUCGCCGUGGUGGUGGAUUCAGCAUCCAGCCUUUUGACUGAUUUCCGCAGUCAAAAAAGAGGGCUCCCUCCCAUUUCAGCCGUUCAUAAUUUCCUUCUUCUUUUAUACUUGUUUGGGGUUGAUGGGUUCCUCUGCAACAGAGCGGUGGCGCCGCCGAUGGGAAACUGCGCCGGUAAAUCGGCCAAAUGCGCCAACUCUUCUUCACCCUUUACUUCGAAAAAUUCACUGCAAUGCAGUAAUACUUCCAGCUCAACGGCUUCAACCAAAACAACCACAAAUACCAUGCCUAGCUCUUUUCCAUCGUUCAAAAGUGAUAAAUCAUCACCUUCAGCGAGCCUAAAGUCGUUCUCCUUGAAUGAACUGAAAGCCGCAACUAAGAACUUUCGUUCAGAUUCUUAUCUUGGCGAAGGAGGAUUUGGAAUAGUUUUUAAAGGUUGGAUUGAUGAAAACUCAUUCGCUCCCACAAAACCUGGAGUUGGCAUUGUUGUCGCUAUCAAGAAACUUAAACGGGAAAGCUUUCAAGGCCACAAAGAAUGGCUUGCAGAAGUGACAUAUCUUGGCCAGCUUCGUCAUAAAAAUCUGGUGAAGCUCAUUGGUUACUGCUCAGAGUCUGACAAUAAACUUCUUGUCUAUGAAUACAUGCAGAGAGGGAGCUUGGAGAACCACCUCUUUAAAAGAGGGGCUCAGCAGAUAUCAUGGGUGAUGCGGGUUAACAUUGCAAUUGAUGUUGCUCAUGGAUUAUCUUUUCUGCAUGGCUUGGAGACACAAGUGAUAUAUCGAGAUUUGAAGGCAUCGAAUAUUCUACUCGACUCGGAUUUCAAUGCUAAACUCGCGGAUUUUGGCUUAGCGAGGAAUGGUCCUACUGGAGACAAGACUCAUGUUUCAACUAGGGUGGUGGGAACCAGAGGUUAUGCUGCGCCCGAAUAUGUCGCCACAGGUCACCUAUCUGUAAAGAGUGAUGUAUACAGCUUCGGAGUCGUGUUGUUAGAACUGCUUUCCGGAAGGCGAGCUCUGGACGAUGAGCGAGGAUCCGCCGAAGACACCCUCGUCGAGUGGGCGAAACCCUUUCUCGACGACAAGAGGAGAAUGCUGCGGAUCAUGGACACGAGGCUCGAAGGUCGUUAUUCGAAGAAAGGAGCUCAGACGAUAGCCGCACUUGCCUUGCAAUGCCUGGAUGAUGAUCCGAGAAAUCGGCCGAACAUGAACGAGGUUCUUCCCGCGCUCGAGGAGCUUCGAAUACCGUCGAAGGAACCAACCAAAAACCAAAUUUUUUCAAGAGAAGGAAGAUAGUGUGGGACUCAUAACUUGUUGAAGCUCUCUGCAACUUCUCUGGGCUGUAUGAUUGUACAGAAACAUGGAGGAAAUUGAUUGAGUUGGGGAAAAAAAAAAUGUCAUUUUGCUAUAUUUUACUUUUGUGGAAAUGAUGGUUUAAUGGAGUAAUGGUUUUUGUACAGAAAUUUUGAACUCUA